AAAAAAGAUACAUAAGCGUACUCAAACAUCAACAUCCACCACUAAACCUAUUAUUAGAGGAGCUAUGCUUACAAUUUCUGCUAUUCUAGCUAUGUCAGCGCCAACUGCUCCCAGCCAUAGUAAUGCAGGCUUUGCCAAAGACACUUUAUCUGAUCCUGCAAGUGGAAAAGUUGCGAUGUCUCAAAAAAAAAAAACUAAACAAAUGGCAUUCUAUUAA